CAUAUCUGAGAGCGAUGCAGCGAUGUAACAGUGUAUGUUGUGGAGGAGUUGUCAAGAUUUGUAAAUACUUGUUUGGGGUCAGACACAUGGGUCGGAUGGGUGGUUUGAGAAUAAGUAUGAGAGAAGAUAGUAGUUUCCUCCGGACUUCUCCCUGUUUCAACAUUGUAGAGUGCUUCUGAUAGAAAUAUACAUGCAUUUCGUUUCGUAUGACAACAGCUGACAGUAUUCUGCAUGUAACAUUAAGUUUAACAGUCGUACAGUUUUAUUUCGAAAUAAGAUGAUGGAAGACUUAAACUCCGAAUUUAAUUACGUGUACAGUUCAUCACUAGAAACAAAAAUUCAGGUGAAAAUAGGGACACUAGAAGGAAAGCGUCAGAAACCAGAUUAUCAAAAGCUAUUGACUGACCCAAUGUUGAAGUAUUCGGGGCUGUAUCAAGACGGCUGUGCUGAUGUUAUGGUGGUCUGUCAAGUUUUUGCUGAUGGACGGCCUAUUGCCUUACCUGUUUCAACUUCUUAUAAAUCUUUUUCUACGAGAUGGAACUGGAAUGAAUGGCUGACUCUUCCUGUGAUGUUCAGUGACCUACCCAGGAAUGCCCUUUUAGCACUGACCAUCUAUGAUUGUGUGGGACCUGGCAAAAUGCAGCCUGUGGGAGGGACAACCAUAUCAUUGUUUGGGAAACAUGGUGUAUUUAGACAGGGUAUGAUAGACUUGAGAGUAUGGCCCAACCAAGAAGCUGAUGGUAGAUCUCCAAGCAGUACUCCAGGAAAGGCAAGAGAUCAUGGGAAAGAAAAGAUGCAGAGACUUGCAAAGCUUGCAAAGAAGCAUAGGAAUGGUUAUAUCCCGAAAGUAGACUGGCUGGACCGUCUCACUUUCCGUGAAAUAGAAAUGAUCAAUGAAAAAGAAAAGCGAAACUCUGAUUACAUGUACCUUAUGAUUGAAUUUCCAGUGGUUGAAUUGGAUGGAGUUGCACAUUCUGUUGUCUAUUAUGAACAAGAUGGAGAUGAAGUUUACCAGUUUCGGGCCCAGGCUGACAUUGUGACAGUGCCCGAUAAUGAAAUAUUGCAGGAAAAUCUGGUUGAAAGUAAACAUCACAAACUAGCUCGCAGUGUUCGAAGUGGCAUUUCAGAUAAAGAUGCCAAGCCAAAUGCAAGUGUCCGUGACCUUCUACAUACAAUAGUUGGUUAUCCUCCUACUAAACAGUUAACAACUGAAGAACAAGAUCUUGUUUGGAAAUUUCGUUUCUAUCUGAGCAAUCAGAAAAAGGCACUCACAAAAUUCCUUAAGUGUGUAAAUUGGAAACUGAAUGUGGAAGCACGUCAGGCCUUAGAUAUGUUGAAACAGUGGGCACCUAUGGAUGUAGAAGAUGCACUGGAACUUUUGGGACCCAAUUUUACCCACCCUGCUGUAAGAUCUUAUUCAGUUGGCAGAUUACAGCAGGCUCCUGAUGAGGAUUUGCUGUUGUAUCUUUUACAGUUAGUUCAGGCACUGAAGUACGAGAACUUUGACAGAAUUACUCAAACCUAUUCACAGUUGAAGAAUGAAAUGGAAGAACAAAGGGAGCAAGAGAGACUGUCACGCAGUGACAACAAGGAGAUUGGGGAUUCAGGAAUCUUGAAAAAGUCUCAGAGCUUUACUCCUACACCAGUGCAUGAAUUACCCAACACUGAUGAUGGUGCUUCUCAGAUAGUUCGCUCUGCAUCUUUAGCUGAGACUGCAACACAAAAUCAACUACCUGAUGCUACUAUAGAUGCAAGUUGUCUGGAAGAUGAUAUGUCAGGUGGAUGUGACCUAGCAUCAUUUCUCAUACAUCGUGCCUGUCAAAAUUCCACUCUUGCCAACUACUUCUACUGGUACCUGUUGAUAGAAUGUGAAGACCAAGAACCUGCUGUGAAGCAGGAUAGCAGAGUCAGAGAUAUGUACUUAACAGUUAUGAGAAUGUUCUCACAGACUCUACUCAAAGGUAAUGCUGAUCUGCAAAAGCGAAGAGUCUUUCUAUCCCGUCAACAGGGCUUCAUUGAUAAACUUGUGAAGCUUGUUAAAACAGUUGCAAGAGAGAGUGGAAACAGAAAGAAAAAGACUGAGAGACUCCAGGCCUUAUUGGCAGAUCCUGAAGCAUUCAAGAUUAAUUUUGCCAAUUUUGAGCCUCUUCCAUUUCCACUGGACCCAGAUGUUCUAAUUAAAGGUGUUGUGCCUGAGAAGGCUAGCCUAUUCAAAUCGGCACUGAUGCCAUCCCGCCUUACAUUCCUGACAACUGAAGAUACUGAGUAUGUUGCAAUUUUCAAACAUGGAGAUGAUCUGCGCCAGGACCAGUUAAUUUUACAAAUGAUAACACUCAUGGACAAAUUACUAAGGAGAGAGAACCUUGACCUAAAGCUUACUCCUUACAGAGUCCUAGCAACAAGUACAAAGCAUGGUUUUGUACAGUUCAUUGAAUCAAUACCUGUAGCAGAGGUUCUUGCUACAGAAGGUAGUAUUCUGAAUUUUUUUCGGAAACACAAUCCGUCAGAAACUGGCCCCUAUGGUAUAGCAUCUGAAGUCAUGGACACCUACGUGCGAAGCUGUGCUGGAUAUUGUGUUAUCACAUACUUGCUUGGUGUCGGUGAUCGCCAUCUUGAUAAUCUCUUACUAACAACCAGUGGAAAACUGUUCCAUAUUGACUUUGGGUACAUUCUGGGUCGUGAUCCAAAGCCACUACCUCCACCAAUGAAGCUGAGCAAAGAAAUGGUUGAAGCUAUGGGUGGUAUCAAUUCAGAACAUUAUCAGGAAUUCAGGAAACAGUGCUAUACAGCUUUCCUCCAUCUGAGAAGGCAUGCAAACUUAAUGCUGAAUCUGUUUUCUCUGAUGGUGGAUGCAAGUGUACCAGACAUUGCUCUAGAACCUGAUAAAGCAGUGAAGAAGGUUCAAGACAAACUACGUCUUGAUCUUGGAGAUGAAGAGGCAGUACACUACAUGCAGAAUUUGCUGGACUUGUCGGUUACUGCAGUAAUGGCUGCUCUAGUUGAACAAUUCCAUAAGUUUGCUCAAUACUGGAGGAAAUGACUGAACUUUUUUUAUUUACUGAUACAAGUAAUAACAGUAAGUUAGGAGAUUGUGUCAAAUACUUGUGCUUGCCAGGUGUGAUGUCACAGUGGGAGGUUAUGUAUGGUUAUGUUCAGAGUAAGUGGAAGACCCAUCAGUAUGAAAGGAUGUUUGUUGUGAAGAAUUUUUUAUGACUUUUGAUUGACAGGUUUUAAUUUAUUGUGAGGACCUUAAAUGGAUGUAGAUAUUUUGUGCCACUGACAGUUGCAAUUCAGUCUUUCAAACAUGGAGAUUUUAUUUUGAUGAAGAUAAAUAUGUAAAUAUUGUACAGUAAUGGAAGAAAAUUGACUUUUGAAUGAGUGUGUUUUUGUGGACUUUUGUAACUAAGAACUGUGGGUAGAAACAUUAUUUGAUAAAAAAAGAGAAAUUAUGUCACAAAGUUUUUCAUUGCUUUUGCCUAUGUUUUACCAAGUCAGACAAAUUCAACACCCACCACAGUAGUAGAAGUUUUAAAGAAACUGUCUUGAGUUUUGUAGUCUCUCCUUGGUAACAAAGAUCUGGAUCACCUUGAAGCUGAAAGUGUGCAGUAGUGUGGAAUGGUGCUCACGUAAAAAUGUAUGUGAUACAAACAUUCAGGUUUCAUUAACACACCUGUAGUCCUCAUAAAGCUUAUAUAUUAAAUAUGAUAAGUCAUUAGCACGGGUAUUCAGUAAGCUCCCACAUUGCCCAAGUCACAGUUCAUUGAUGAAGUAUUCAAUUGUGGCACAAUAUGAACAGUCCAUAUUUAUUCGAAACUGACCCAGUUUUCACUUAUCAUAGUUCCUGUUAAAGACAAUGACAGUUAAUUCAUUUAAAUCAGUCCAUAACACAGUCCAACAAUAGCUCAACCCAAUGAUGAUGAUGAUAGUCCAGAGUGUUUGGUGACCACAUUGCUGUUCAAUUAAAAUGUCCACUAAUGUAGGCUACAGAGAUAACUUGAAAGUUACAAAACUUAUUCUUCAGUUUCGUGGUUGUCAGUGCAUGUAUUUCUCUUAUAGUGUGUGGAGACUAGCCUGUGAGUGUCUACACAGAGAGCACAUCCAAAGUAUGUUACUUUUGCUCUUUCAAACUGCAGACUAUUUCAUGAUUGAGAACGUGUUAUAAAUAUUCACAUAGGGAUAAACUGUUACUUUGGAAACCGUGUUAUGCCUCAAAAUUUUGAUAGAUUGGAUUUUACUGUUUUUGAUGAACUACAAUAACUAAUGUGGUUUUGGCAUAUAGAAAAUGUUGCUAGUCAGAAGUUUAGAAAUUACAUGGAACUGUUAUCUGUACACAGUGUGAAUUUCCUUGUUUAUAUGAAACUAAAUCUACAGGUAACCUCUGUAAACUACUGUGAAAUGCAGGACAGAGAAUACAUCCCAUUGUUCCAGAUAUUAUGGUUCUUCCCGUUCGACUCGUGUAUCAAGUGCAUGAAGAAUGAUUGUUUAAAUGCCUCAGUGCAUGCUGUAAUUAAUCUAAUCUUGUCCCCACUCCUUAUGGGAGUGUUGUGGUAUGUUUGGGAAUGUAGUAUUCCUAGUGUCAUCAUUUAAAGCCGAUUCUUGAAACUUGGUCAGUAGACUUUCUCGGUAUAAAACUUCCUGGCAGAU